CUCCCUCUGACUCACUAAAAACCCUCCCUUUUCCAAGUAGCAACAGGCAAAGCUGAGGCAGGGAGGGGAGGGAAAAGAGAGAAUAACUUUCAGACUUCACACCCUGAUCUGAGACUGAAAGAGACGAGUUAGUUGCAGCUGCGCCCAGGGAGGUAAAAGGAACUGAGACCAGCGCUUAAAUAUUGUUAUGUUCCACAUUUGCUGUGUGCUGCCACUAUGCAACUAUCUCCACUGAGCAUCUGAGAACAGAGCAAACAACGGCUGCCAAUGUCCAGUCACUGAGGGACACUGCUGGUGAGAUUCACAUCUUUUUCCUCCCUGGGAGAGGCAAAUAUCACCAGACGUCCAGUGCCCAGUCUUCCACUUCGCUGCUGUGUUCAUUUUGGGCAAACCCGACCAUGGACCUGACCCUGUGGCAGUACCAGUUCCGCAUCAUCAUGCUGGGCGACUCGACGGUGGGCAAGUCGUCCAUGCUGAAGCGUUACACCGAGGACCUGUUCAUGGAGUGCCUCAACCAGACCGUCGGAGUGGACUUCUACGUGCACUUCCUGGAGGUGGAGCCCAAUGUGCGGGUCAAGCUGCAGUUUUGGGACACGGCAGGCCAGGAGAGGUUCAGGUCAGUAACACGGUCCUACUACCGUAACUCUGUGGGCGGACUGCUCGUCUUUGACUUGGGGAACCGGACCUCGUUUGAUCACAUCGAGGAAUGGCAUCAGGAGGUGCUGGAGCACGUGCAGCCUCACGCCGUGCUCUUUGUGUUGGUGGGCCACAAGAGCGACCGUGAGGAGGCCGCGGAGCGCACCGUCAGCAAAGAUGAGGCGGAGAAGCUCGCAGGCCGCUUGGGCGUGCCCUACGUGGAGGCAUCGUCCAAGACGGGCGAGAACGUGACAGCGGCCUUCGAGCUGCUGACGCGGCGCAUCUACCAAGGCCUGCUCAGUGGAGAGGUGCAAGUCCGAGACGGGUGGGACGGGGUCAAAAGCUCUGAACCUCGCCGGCCCUCACAGCUGUCUCCCACAGGGGAGUCCGCAAAAGAGGACAAGAAGUGCGCCUGCUAAGGUACGCAGCUGGCCACGGCAGAUAGACCCAAUCAAGGUGCAUCUCAAGGCUCUGUCAGUCAAAUGUUGAACUUGGCCAUCAUAUAAUAUGAACAACUUUAGACAGCAAAAUACUGUACUGUGGCAGAGCUUCAGAGCUCAAAACAGAGAAAGUAGGACGAUGCCUCGAUGACAUGCUUCACUUUGCAUAGAAGUCUUGUUGGUGACAAAAACAUCGACCUACAUCACAUUUGUGUUGACAUUUUUCCUUUUUGUUUAUUUAUGGAAAACAAAAAUCAAACACAGGUUAUACUGAAAACUUGUGAUACAAGGUCAAAAAAAAAAAAAAAUCAAUCAUCUAAAACAAACCCUCCCCACCCUACCCUAUCACCCCCUUACACACACACACACACACACACACACACACACACACA